AUGGCGUGUGGGAUCUGCCUGGAGGAGUACACGGCAGAGAACCGGCCGGCGGCACUUCCGUGCGGUCAUGUAUUUCACGCGCCAUGCGUAGGCGACUGGAUCCGCUCGCGCGCGCACGGUGCACUCCAGGGAGGGUGCCCCCUGUGCAAGAAACCGGCAGGCACCGACGAGAUCCUCGCGCUGUGGCCCGCAGACGCGGCCGACUUUCACCAGUAUGUCGGUGCGCAGCAUAUGGGAUCGGUCGAUGGCGAACAGCCGGUGCUUGACGCGGCAUGCGACCUCGUCGCUGCGAUGCAGACGUAUGCAAUGGCCGCGCACGGCCUCCGCGCCGCGCCGCUAGGACGCGUCCAGCACCGCGUGUCCGAAGCGCUGCGCCUCGGUGCCAUUCGCGAUGAGGACGCAGUACUCGCAUUACAGAAUGGCAUGGACGCGCUCCACGAUAUGGUGCGCCACGUCGAAGGCAUUUCUCAUACCCUAGCCAAGGCUUAUACCCAGACGCAGCAAAAGGCGGUUGCCCUACGAGAAGAGGAAACGGUCCUGCGCCGAGCCAAGGACGAGCUUAAGGAUGAGCAGAACAAGAUUGCGGCCGAGCGGCAUGCGCUGCGCCAGAAAAAGAAGCGCGCUUUCCAAGCGGCGCAGGCGCUGGACGAGCGAGCUGCCACGCUCGACGCACGCGAGAGCGCGCUCGAAGCGAGUCAGGCGCAGGCACAAACGCGUAUGCAAGAGGCCAUUGCAAAUGCGAAGAGCGCAAGUGUCGACGCUGUGCGCCGCGCCGCCCUCCGUGAGGAAGCGGCCGAGACCAAAGAGGCCGAGGCGGUUGCGCGUAUCCGCGCGGCCGAGGAGCAAGCGUCCGACGCGGUACAGAUGCUCGAGGCGAUUCGCAGCCGCGAUCAGCGCAUGGCCGACCAGAUGCGCGACCUGCAAAAAGCCGUCAAGCGCGCACAAGAAAAGUACCGUGCGCUGCGCGAGCAAAACCAGCGUCAGGACUCGGAGCGCAGCGCCGCCGAAGCCUCGUACAGGCGGCGCAUUGCGCAGCUCGAGGCGCGCUCCGAUGCUCCGGAUCACAGUUCGUCGCCGCCGCUGGUACGCCGCCGAUCCUCGUCGCCGUCGAGCGACAUUGCCCUUACUCCGGUCACCAAGAAGCAGGCCCUGCUCGAGGACCUGGACGACGAUGCCUUUCCCAUGCCCGGCGGCACGCUGCCGACCGCGCCUGCGCGCAAGCCGCUCGUACCCAAAAACACGCCAUUGCCCUGGAGCGGAUCUGUGGUGCUUGGACCACGCCGUAGGCCGACUUGA